AUGGCACUUGUCAAAUACAGCACAGUUUUUUUUCCACUCCGAUCAUUGCGACUGUUUGUGUCCAUCAAGAAAGCAUAUUACCACAGCGAGCCGCAUAGCAUCGAUCUAUUUCAUGAUAAGGAUUGGAUUGUGAAAAGACCUAAAUUCCUAAAUUUACCCAAAAAUGAACAUUCAAAAUUAGAUAUAUUCCAGUUUAAUUUUAACAAGUCCGAAAGCAAUAAUGUGUAUUUACAGGAUUCAUCAUUUAAAGAUAACCUUGAUAAAGCGAUGCAAUUUAUCUAUAACGAUAAAUUGUCAUCCUUGGAUGCCAAGCAAGUACCAAUAAAGAAUCUUGCUUGGUUGAAAUUAAGAGAUUACAUAUAUCAACAACUAAAAGAUCCGAAACUGCAAGCCAAAACCUAUGUACCUUCGGUAAGUGAGAUCAUACAUCCUUCAUCUCCUGGCAAUUUGAUUUCGUUGCUGAUAAAUUGCAAUAAAAUCAGCAAUUUAGUCUGGAAAUCUGUUCUCAAAUAUAGCCUGAGUAACAAUAUAACUACAUUGGAUAAAUUUAUCCACGUCCUGCAACAGACCUUCGACCAUGUGUACGAGCAGGAGAUACUACCCAUGAUGACGAAUACAGAUGAUACAGAUGGCGCUCACAACGUUGACAUAACAAAUCCAGCAGAGUGGUUUCCGGAGGCAAGAAAGAUUAGAAGACAUAUAAUCAUGCACAUUGGGCCCACGAAUUCAGGCAAAACUUAUAGAGCGUUACAGAAAUUGAAAUCCGUGGACCGUGGGUACUACGCAGGGCCGUUAAGACUGCUAGCAAGGGAAGUGUACGAUAGAUUUCAUGCAGAAAAGAUAAGAUGCAAUUUACUGACUGGAGAGGAAGUUAUUCGUGAUUUGGAUGAUAGAGGAAAUUCAGCAGGGCUGACAUCAGGCACAGUAGAAAUGGUGCCAAUAAAUCAAAAAUUUGACGUUGUUGUUCUUGAUGAAAUUCAAAUGAUGUCUGAUGGGGAUCGUGGCUGGGCUUGGACGAACGCGCUUUUAGGUGUCGUUUCCAAGGAGGUCCAUCUUUGUGGUGAAAAGAGUGUUCUACCUUUGGUUAAGAGCAUUGUUAAAAUGACUGGCGAUAAAUUAACGAUUAAUGAAUAUGAGAGGUUAGGAAAGUUAAGUGUUGAAGAAAAACCUAUCAAAGAUGGCAUCAAAGGUUUGCGCAAAGGAGAUUGCGUCGUUGCGUUUUCAAAGAAGAAAAUAUUGGAUCUCAAGCUAAAGAUAGAGAAAGACACCAAUUUGAAAGUUGCUGUAAUUUAUGGCUCUUUGCCGCCUGAAACACGUGUUCAACAAGCCGCCCUAUUCAACAAUGGAGAGUAUGACAUAAUGGUAGCAUCAGACGCUAUUGGUAUGGGUUUAAACCUGUCUAUUGACAGAGUUGUAUUCACGACAAAUAUGAAAUAUAAUGGUGAAGAACUAAUGGAAAUGACUUCUUCUCAAAUCAAACAAAUAGGUGGUCGUGCGGGAAGGUUCAAAUCUAGAUCUGCCUCCGGGGGUGUUCCUCAGGGUUUUAUCACCAGUUUCGAAUCAAAAGUUUUGAAAAGUGUAAGAAAAGCUAUUGAAGCACCUGUGGAGUAUUUAAAAACUGCGGUUACAUGGCCUACAGAUGAAAUAUGUGCUCAACUAAUGACACAAUUCCCACCAGGAACGCCGACCAGUGUCCUGCUGCAGACUAUUUCAGAUGAGCUAGAGAAAAGUUCUGACAACCUGUUCACGUUAUCUGAUUUAAAGAGCAAACUGAAAGUUAUUGGCUUAUUCGAGCACAUGGAAGAUAUCCCAUUUUUCGACAAGCUGAAACUAAGCAAUGCGCCCGUGAAGGACAUGCCUAUGGUCACAAAGGCGUUCACCAAAUUUUGCGAAACAAUAGCAAAAAGGCAUACAAGAGGCCUACUGUCAUACCGAUUACCUUUUAACCUACUGGACUACAAUUGCAUACCGAAUGAGAGUUAUUCAUUAGAGGUUUAUGAGUCAUUGUACAACAUCAUUACUCUAUACUUCUGGCUCAGCAACAGGUACCCAAACUACUUCAUUGACAUGGAAUCUGCUAAAGAUUUGAAGUAUUUCUGUGAGAUGAUUAUUUUCGAGAAACUUGAUCGAUUAAAGAAGAAUCCUUACGCACAUAAGCCCUUUGGUUCUACAAGAGGUCACCUCUCAUCUUCGAGAAGAAGAUUGCGUACAUAA